UUUUUAUUUCUUUCUUGUCCUUGUCCUCUGUGUUUUGAACUUUUCUUUGUUCUCUAUACUACACUUUCCUGCUACAUCUCACCGUUGUGGUUGUUGAUCCUUUCAUCAUCUCUCGAGUAUACCGAACUUCCCCUCCUUAUCUACUACUCUUACUACCCCUCCAACAGCCAACAUGCCUGCCUUCCUCAAGAACAUCAAGAACAAGCUCAAGGCUAUCUUCAAGAAGAAGAAGACUGCCGAGGAGAACCCCGAAGGCGCUGCUGCUCCUGCUGAGAACACUCCUGCCGCCGACAAGCCCGCUGAGCAGGCUCAGACCGAAGGUGGUGUUUCCGCCGCUCCCCCGACUCUCGAGGUGACGGAGUCCCCGGCUGGCGAGGCAAAGCCUGAGACGGAAACCCAUGCGGAAGCCGCUGCCGGUGCAUCUGAUGCCGCUGCUAAGCCCGCCGAGACUGCUGGAGACGCAGCUGACAAAGAAACCAAAUAAUUGCCCUUAGGCUUCAAGCUGAUGCAGCUCUCACUGCAUGCAUCAUCCACUCCUUCGCCCGUGGCAUCAUUUUCCUACACUUUGCAUCAUCUUCUCAUACCCCAGCAUAGACUGCGCUGAUUUCAUUUUGUUGUUG